AUGACCGCCAGCACCCAAAAUGGUUCGCCGACCCCGCCGCCGGCUGCUCCAACUGCUACAAACCAAGAAUCCAAAAAUAUGACUGCGAACCCCGCGGACGCCUCCGAGUCGCAAUCCCCGGCAAACGAGAAAGGAAGUGGCACGGCCGAAAGUGGCCAAAAACAUACCUCUACCGCCGCCAAUGCUAAAGACCCUCUCCGCCCAAGGAGGAAGAAGGCGAAAAGAGCUUGUUUUGCUUGUCAGAGAGCCCAUCUGACUUGUGGCGACGAGCGACCUUGCCAGCGAUGUAUUAAACGCGGCCUCCAGGAUGCUUGCCAUGACGGAGUACGGAAGAAGGCCAAAUACCUUCACGAUGCACCAAAUGAAGCUCUCAUGCCUGGCAUCAGAAGAAAUUUUUACAACCAGGCAAAUGCGACACGGACCAAUGCUAACCAACAGCAAAAUGGCCCCAAUUCAAACUCCAACAAAGACUCACGCCAAAACGUUGCCGCCAAUUUCUACUCACCGCAGUCUGCUAGUAACUUCGAUGUCUACACCCAAGCCAAGUCCCAACAGGGUCAGGGUCACAUACCCCCUACGGUAAUGCAGGACACGUCGAUCAAUCCCAGCGCCUUCCAAGCUCCAUCCCCCACCUCAACACCCAAUUUCGACCUUUCGUCUAAUCCCCCAAAUCGGAACCUCUCGUCAGCCAUGACUCAAACGCCGUCGUCUGCGUCUAAUCAGACCCAGGAUCCAUUUGGCGCUGCAUUUUUUGACCCCAGUCACCCGGCACUGUUCAAUUUCGAUAUUGCCAGUAUGAAUUUCGGCAAUCGGUAUGGCGCUUUGGAAUUUGGAAUGCUGGGCCACAUGGCUACAGGCGCGGGCGACACUCCACCCAGCGAUUCAGCGACGCAGCGUGGAUCUAUUGGACGGAGUUCUGGUACUUUCACGGCUCAAAACUUUGGAGAUAGCACUAACACCCAGUCUCCCUUCCUAUUUGGUGAUCCAGUUCUCAAUGACUGGAAUCCGUCGGGGCAAAGCCAGACAAAUCCCCGCAAUAAUAAUAUCUACAACCAAAACACCGUUGCAGGCCAGAUGGGUGAGCAGCAUCCUAACGCCUUCGCUAUCGAGAGUGCCCCGAUGAAUUUCGCCAGUCCGGGUUCGACUGAAAGUCCGCAGAUGACGACCAUGAAUCAAUUCGACGAAGCUAAUGCCAAAUUUUCCUCCCGAACAGCCCUUAUGCAUCAAACGAACCCCCAUCAGCCGCCUCCCAUAUCAACCCCCGGUCUCAAACAUCAGGGCUUCCAGGUAGGCGUGAAGAGGCGAUAUCGUAGCCCCUCGUCAAUAUAUGAAAGCGUCAAGGAACCAUAUUCAUACACCAGCGGCUUCCACAACCUCACUGCGUUUAUCCAACGGCGCUUCUCACCGCAAAAGACCCUGCAGAUCGCCAAAGCUCUCGCCUCAAUCCGCCCCUCUUUCAUAGCCACCACCAAAACCCUCAACCAAGACGACCUCAUAUUCAUGGAGAAAUGUUUCCAACGCACCCUCUGGGAAUACGAAGACUUUAUUAACGCGUGCGGGACACCGACUAUCGUCUGUCGCCGCACGGGCGAAAUCGCCGCUGUGGGCAAAGAAUUCAGCAUCCUAACCGGCUGGAAAAAGGAGGUCUUGCUGGGCAAGGAGCCAAACCUGAACGUCAACACCGGUGGCUCCUCGCCAAGAGGCAGCGGCACCUUUACCCCGCGGAACGGCAACGGUGUAGACCCUCACUCGGGCAUGUCCGCCGCAGGUGGCGGUGGUGGCCGCACACAACCUGUCUUCCUCGCGGAGUUGCUUGACGACGACAGCGUCAUUGAGUUCUAUGAGGAUUUCGCGAAGCUUGCGUUUGGCGAUUCACGUGGGAGCGUGAUGACGACGUGCAAGUUGUUGAAAUAUAAGACGAAAGAGGAUAGUGCGGCGCUGUUUCAAGGGAAGGAGGCACAGCAAGGUGGAUCGGAUGGGAAAGGUGGUGGUGGUGGUGGCGAUGUUGCGGCGACAGCAGCAACGACGUCAACGUCAACCAGCAAUGGCGCAAAUAGCAGCGGUCAUGCAAACGCCAAUAGAAACAACACCAACCCCAAAAACUCAUCUCCCCCAUCGUCGUCAUCUGCGGCGGCGGCGGGCCCAUUGCACGGGGCCCAGCUAUCACCGAAGCAGACCUGGGGGAAAAGGGGUAUUGCCGGCGAGGCGGGAAUGAAUCAGUUGGGAUUUCGCGACGGGAAGGUGGAGUGCAGUUAUUGUUGGACGGUUAAGAGAGAUGUAUUCGAUAUUCCUAUGCUUAUUGUCAUGAAUUUCCUACCCUGCAUUUAG